AGCCCAGCCCAGGUAAACAAUUUUCCUGUACUUCUGUUUUCCUUCUCCCACUUCUUCGUCUUCAACCUUCCCCAAAAAACAAAAAGGAGGGUUUGGGUUUUACACUGUUACACCAUUUCCGCCAUUAUCAAACCUCACUCAAAAACCUCCGAAAAUGGGGGUAAUUAAGAAGGUAAUGAAGACGGGUUUAGGUGAAAUGGGGUUUAACAAAGGAGGUGGUCCCGUCAACUGGUUCCCCGGUCAUAUGGCCGCCGCUUCCCGCGCUAUUCGCGACCGUCUUAAGCUCGCUGAUUUCGUCAUCGAAGUUCGCGACUCUCGUAUACCCUUGUCGUCGACAAAUGAGGAGCUUCAGCCGCUUCUCGCUGGUAAAAGGCGUCUCAUUGCACUUAACAAGAAAGACUUGGCCAAUCCUAACAUUUUACCUAAAUGGUUGCGACAUUUUGAGUCUGACAAACAAGAUUGCCUUUCCAUUAAUGCACAUAGCAAGCAUUCUGUGAGGAAGUUGCUGGAACUUGUAGAGCUGAAGCUUAAGGAGGUCAUUUCAAGGGAACCUACACUACUUGUUAUGGUAGUUGGUGUUCCUAACGUUGGCAAGUCAGCUUUAAUUAACUGCAUCCAUCGGAUUUCAGCUGAACACUUCCCAGUGCAGGAGAAAAUGAAAAAAGCUGUAGUUGGACCACUGCCUGGAGUUACUCAGGAUAUUGCUGGAUUCAAGAUUGCACAUCAGCCUAGCAUUUAUGUACUGGAUACACCAGGAGUUUUGGUUCCGAGUAUUCCAGAUAUAGAGACAGGCUUGAAAUUAGCUGCAACAGGAUCCGUGAAGGAUUCGGUUGUGGGUGAAGAGCGUAUCGCUCAAUAUCUCCUUGCUGUGUUCAACAGUCGCGGGACUCCACUUUAUUGGAAGAAUUUAAAUGAUAGGAAGAAAGAACUUCAGGGGAAUGGCUCUGAGGGAAAGCAUGAGUACAAUGUAAAAGAUCUUUUGCCAAACAGAAGGAAGCCACCAGAUGAUUCUGCUGUUUAUUAUAUUGAGGACGUUGUAACAGAAGUGCAAUGUGCACUCAGUGAUUCUUUCUCAAAGUUUGAUGGGAAUGUUGAUGAUGAAAAUGACAUGGAGGACCUCAUAGAAUUGCAGUUUGAAGCACUACAGAAAGCAUUUAAAAUACCACAUACUGCUUCCGAAUGUCGUGCAAAGGUGUCAAAAAAAUUUCUCACUUUGUUCAGGAUGGGAAAACUUGGUUCCUUUAUCCUUGAUCAUGUUCCUGAUACAGGCAAACCUGUAUCAGACUUUGAUCGUGUUCCUGAUACAUGCAAACCUGUAUCGAACCUUGAUCAUGUUUCUGAUUCAUGCAAACCUGUAUCAAACCUGGAUCAUGUUCCUGAUACAUACAAACCUGUAUCUUCAAAGAUUUUGUAAACUGUAUUGUAAUCAGAACCGUUGAACGAAUCUGUGUUACUUCUAUAUUAAAUGAUAAACGGAACCUGUGCUUCUUCAUCGA